CACCAGCUGCCUUCAACUUACAGAGAGCCUGCAGCCAUGACGUUCAAUGGAACCUGGAAGGUCGACCGCAACGAUAACUAUGACAAGUUCAUGGAGCAAAUGGGUGUCAAUAUUAUGAAGCGAAAGCUGGCAGAGCACGACAACCUGAAGAUCACCAUCGAGCAGACCGGGGACAAGUUUCACAUCAAAGAGUCCAGCACCUUCCGCACUAAAGACAUCGACUUCACCCUGGGCGUCCAGUUCGACUACAGCCUGGCCGAUGGCACCGAAGUCUCAGGUACAUGGGAGAUGGAAGGUGACAUGCUGAAAGGCAAAUUCACCAGGAAAGACAACAGCAAGGUCCUGACCACCACUCGAGCUCUGGUGGGAGGAGAACUCGUACAGAGUUACAACUAUGAGGGAGUGGACGCCAAGAGGAUUUUCAAGAAGCAGUAA